AAUGGAGAAGCCAUGUAAAAAUUUGGGCUGUGGAAAGUGCUGCAGUCAGAGCUCCCAUUCCACUUCCCAUCAAAGAAUUCACAUAGGGGAGAAACCCUAUCAGUGUGUGGAAUGUGGAAAGAGCUUCAGUAAGAGCUCCGAUCUCACUAAGCAUCAGAGAAUUCAUACAGGGGAGAAACCCUAUCAGUGUGUGGAAUGUGGAAAGAGCUUCAGUCAGAGCUCACAUCUCACUAAGCACCAGAGAAUUCAUACUGGGGAGAAACCCUAUCAGUGUGUGGAAUGUGGAAAGAGCUUCAGUCAUAGCUCCUCUCUCACUUCCCAUCACAGAAUUCAUACAGGGGAGAAAGCCUAUCAGUGUGUGGAAUGUGGAAGGAGCUUCAGUACGAGCUCCGAUCUCACUAAGCAUCAGAGAAUUCAUACUGGGGAGAAACCCUAUAAGUGCUUGGAAUGUGGAAAGAGCUUCAGUAAGAGCUCCGAUCUGAAUACCCAUCAAAGAAUUCAUACAGGCGAUAAACCUUACCAGUGUGUGGAAUGUGGAAAGAGCUUCACUGAUAGCUCUUAUCUCACUAAGCACCAGAGAAUUCAUACUGGGGAGAAACCCUAUCAGUGUGUGGAAUGUGGAAAGAGCUUCAGUCAUAGCUCCUCUCUCACUUCCCAUCACAGAAUUCAUACAGGGGAGAAACCCUAUCAGUGUGUGGAAUGUGGAAGGAGCUUCAGUACGAACUCCGAUCUCACUAAGCACCAGAGAAUUCAUACAGGGGAGAAACCCUACCAGUGUGUGGAAUGUGGAAAGAGUUUCAGUACGAGCUCCUCUCUCACUUCCCAUCACAGAAUUCAUACAGGGGAGAAACCCUAACAGUGUGUGGAAUGUGGAAGGAGCUUCAGUAUGAGCUCCGUUCUCACUAAGCAUCAGAGAAUUCACACACGGGAGAAACCAUAUAAUUGCUUGGAAUGUGGAAAGAGCUUCAGUAAGAGUGUCAGUCUCACUUCCCAUCAAAGAAUUGAUACAGGGGAAAAUCACGAAAUCAUAGAAUUGUGUAGCUGGAAGUGAUCCCUAGUGUCAUCUAGUCCACCCCAUGUGAUGCAGGAAUAGCAAGUAAAGCAUCCAUGACAGAUGGCCAUCCAACUUCACUUGAAAACCUCAAUAGAUGGAAGUUCCAGCACUUCCAAGGGAGUCCAAUCCACUAAGAGCUCUUGCUGUCAAAAAGUUAUUCUGCAUGUUUAGUCAGAGUCUUCUUCUUUUUUAACUUGAAGCCAUUGAUUUGGAGCAGGAAAAUUUUAUUUUAUUUUCUUUCUCCUUUAUUGUCCACCUUGUGUUCUCUUGUCCUUUGAGAACCACAAUACGUUUCUCCUUUUGUUCUUCUUUCCUUUUUAUCACAGUUUUGAACUCUAAUACUUUGAAGGAGCAAGGUUUUAAUUCCAUGAAGUGAGCCAGCUAAUCCUCUAGUAACAGUCAUAGCUGAGAUAAGAAGACCAUGUUGAGGGUCUGGAAAGAGUUUUCAGACGGCAGUUAAUCUGGAGGGAGAAGCUGUGGGAAGACGCUCUUCUCCUUCUGGGGUCUCCUUCCAGUCAGGAGGGGGAAGAUCUUCUAGGAAAAGGAGAUUCCCGAGUCCGUGGCAAGGGCUGAGAGGAUCCCCUGGGUCUGGCAUAGAAAGGAAAAUCCCUCAGAGAGAGGGGGGGAGCGAGGGAAAGUGGCGCCUCAGGGCUCACGGAGGAAAGUAUGAAGCCAUGAUGGAAGCUGUCAAAAGUAUUUCAUGGAAACACCUGUCGUAACUAAGGAAUGGAGUUUGAUUUACGUUUGCAACCGUGUGGCUGUGUGAAACAGCAUAUAUCCCAGAUGUUGUUGUUAUUCAACCGUUUGAGGCAACUACAGAUUCCCUUCACAGAGCAGCAGAAAGUUUACAUUUUGCUGAGUUCUUUAGACCCCAGCUAUGAGACCCUUUCUCUUUGGAAGCCUGCAGACCAGAUUGAUAUUGAAUAUGUAUCGGGCAGAUAACAGGAUGAACGGGAGGUUGAGAGAGAAAGGAAAAGCUGUGAGGGGGGGGUUGCCCAGUGCCCAGGAGUAAGGGUGCAGAAGAAGCUGAGAACACUGUGCAUGCCUUUGCAGCAAAGCGGUGCUAUGUGUGCAAUUCUGUGCAAUUCUGAUCAACACCUGCAGAGAGGUUCAAGAGCCCUAGGCUCUGUGAUUUAACCCACAGCACCACCCACGUCUCUCUCCAAACUCCAGUGAGCAUGUCCUUUGCUGUGUAAAAACAAAACCUCAUUUUUGUGCUCUAAAAACAAGACCUCUUCCUUACACACACACACUUCCCAAGAUGGCUUGCUCUAUGUAGAAUCAGUUA